GCUCGCGGCGGAGGCGCGCAGGGGCGGUGCGCGGGGCUGGGCGCUGGCGCCAAGGGGGUUACGCGCUUCGGUUCCACUCGGCGGGGCUCGGCGCAGGAAGGCAGUGCUCGGCCCCGGGACCCCGCAGCGAGCCGGGGCCAGCCCCGCGCCCAUCCCGGCCCGCGGACAGGGGUCUCGGCCACCAUCGCUGGAGAGCCUCCCCGGAGCCCUAGCCGUCCGGGUGCUGAACACCCCCUGCCCCCGCCCGGAGAUGAGCAGCCGCGCGCAUGGCGCGGCUCCCCGCGCUGCCCGAUCACUGGAGCCCGGCGCCGGGGCGCUGCGCUGACGCUCCCUCUCGGCGCCGCCGGGGAAGCCCGCAGGUGUCCUUGGCCGCGCCGCCGCCGCCGGGAACACUCCCUGGCCCGGGCCCCGAGCCCCGCGCCCGCGAGCAGCCCCGCCCCUCGGGCUCGGCGCGGCGCAGGACGCCCCGUCUGAGGCCCCCCCGCCCGGCACGGCCCCCGCAGGCGCAGGAGCCCGGGCUCGCGGCGGCGGGCGGGAGGGCGGCCGGCCGGGCGCGCUUGUUUUCCUGCCGCCGCCGCCGCGCCCUGCGCAGCCCCCGCCCGCCCGGACGCCGCGCGCCGCUCGGCCCCGCCCGCCCUCCGCGCCCGCCGCCGGAUUUAUGAAUGGGGGGAAGAGGCCACAUGCCGCCGCCGCCGCCUCGUGCUGACCGCGCGCAGCCCCGGCCCGCCGCGCUCCGGCUGCCCUGACCGCGUGGGCCCGGCCCCGGCCCGCCGCUCCCAGGACUUGUUGCUGCCGCCGCCGCCGCCGCCGCCGCCGCCGCCGCCCGGGUUCGGCGCGGGCUGCGAGCCGGACGGGGCCCGCGUGAGUGUGAGCGCGCGCACGGCCCGUGAGCUUCCGCGCCCCGCCGGGGCGGAAGGGGUGGGGGGCGUGCCCCGGGCCCCCGCGGCGCCGCUCCGCGCCCGCCCCAGCCCCAACCACCUGUGCACCCGCGGCACCCGGCCCCGCCCGCCCGACGCCCCGGGGGCCCGGCAGGGGCAGGGCCAGCGCCGCAGAGGGGGCCGCCGCCGCCCGCCGCCGCCUCGCCGCCUCCCCCUCCCCCGCCUGACGCUGCCUCCUCGGGAAGGGUGUUUGGAGGGCAGCGGCCGCCCCGAGCCGAAGCCCCGCAGCGCUUCUUAUGAUCAGCUCGGUGUGUGUCUCCUCCUACCGCGGGCGCAAGUCGGGCAACAAGCCUCCGUCCAAAACAUGUCUGAAGGAGGAGAUGGCCAAGGGCGAGGCGUCGGAGAAGAUCAUCAUCAACGUGGGCGGCACGCGACAUGAGACCUACCGCAGCACCCUGCGCACGCUGCCGGGCACCCGGCUGGCCUGGCUGGCCGACCCCGACGGCGGCGGCCGGCCCGACCCCGAGGGCGGCGGCGGCGGCGGCGGCGGCGGCGGCUGCGAGUUUUUUUUCGACCGGCACCCGGGCGUCUUCUCCUACGUGCUCAACUACUACCGCACCGGCAAGCUGCACUGCCCCGCCGACGUGUGCGGGCCGCUUUUCGAGGAGGAGCUCACCUUCUGGGGCAUCGACGAGACCGACGUGGAGCCCUGCUGCUGGAUGACCUACCGGCAGCACCGCGACGCCGAGGAGGCGCUGGACAUCUUCGAGAGCCCCGAGGGCAGCGGCGGCGGCGGCGGGGGCGCGGGGCCUGGCGACGAGGGGGGCGACGAGGAACGCGAGCUGGCCCUGCAGCGCCUGGGGCCCCACGAUGGAGGCGGCGGCCCCGGCGCGGGCUGCGGGAGCUGCCGCGGCUGGCAGCCCCGCAUGUGGGCGCUCUUCGAGGAUCCCUACUCCUCCCGCGCGGCCAGGGUGGUGGCCUUCACCUCUCUCUUCUUCAUCCUGGUCUCCAUCACCACCUUCUGCCUCGAGACACAUGAGGCCUUCAAUAUCGACCGAAACGUGACGGAGAUCCACCGUGUGGGGAACGUCACCAGUGUGCGCUUCCGGCGGGAGGUGGAGACGGAGCCCAUCCUCACCUACAUAGAGGGCGUGUGCGUGCUCUGGUUCACCCUUGAGUUCCUGGUCCGCAUUGUGUGCUGCCCCGACACGCUGGACUUUGUGAAGAACCUGCUCAACAUCAUCGACUUUGUGGCCAUCCUGCCCUUCUACCUGGAGGUGGGGCUGAGCGGCCUGUCCUCCAAGGCUGCCCGGGACGUGCUGGGCUUCCUGCGUGUCGUCCGCUUCGUCCGCAUCCUGCGCAUCUUCAAGCUCACGCGCCACUUCGUGGGGUUGCGGGUGCUGGGCCACACCCUGCGGGCCAGCACCAACGAGUUCUUGCUGCUCAUCAUCUUCCUGGCCCUGGGGGUGCUCAUCUUCGCCACCAUGAUCUACUACGCUGAGCGCAUCGGCGCCAGGCCCUCCGACCCACGGGGCAAUGAUCACACCGACUUCAAGAACAUCCCCAUCGGCUUCUGGUGGGCUGUGGUCACCAUGACGACGCUGGGCUACGGGGACAUGUACCCCAAAACCUGGUCAGGCAUGCUGGUGGGGGCGCUUUGCGCGCUGGCGGGCGUGCUCACCAUUGCCAUGCCCGUGCCCGUCAUUGUCAACAACUUCGGCAUGUACUACUCGCUGGCCAUGGCCAAGCAGAAGCUGCCCAAGAAACGGAAGAAGCACGUGCCCCGGCCGCCCCAGCUAGAGUCGCCCAUUUACUGCAAGUCUGAGGGCACCUCUCCUCGGGAUAGCACCUACAGCGACGCCAGCCCUCCUGCCCCUGAAGAGGGGUUGGUGGAGAGAAAACGGGCAGACUCCAAGCAGAACGGAGACGCCAGCACGGUGCUGUCGGAUGAGGAGGGGGCCGGCCUCACGCAGCCCCUGGCCUCAGGCCCGGCCCCCGAGGAGCGCCAGGCCCUGCGGCGCGCAGGCACCCGAGACAGGAACAAGAAGGCGGCCGCCUGCUUCCUGCUCAGCGCGGGGGACUACGCCUGUGCCGACGGGAGCGUGCGGAAAGGCCGUGAAAAGUCCUGGAGUCUAACCAACAUAACGGGAGCCGCAGGAAGCAGUCUGGGGCUGUCUCCACUGGCAUCACGGUUCAGCUCGCCCCACCCUGCAAGGAAACUCCUGCUUCCCCCCACCCUGCACCGCCCCGCCAGCCCCCCACCCAGACACUCGGCCCCUUAGCUGCACUGGGGACAUAGCCCGAGUCCAGCCUGCUUCCUCCUGCUGUGUUCUGGGGCGCUGGGCAGGAGGCUGGGGAUUCAGGCCCCCAAGAUGCUGGACUCCAGAAUCUGGGAUCUGGGGCAACUAGGAUGAUCAGGGUGACCCCCACCACCUCCAGCCUGAGCAAAGAGGGCAGAGCUGCCCCUCUCGGGGCCACAUCUUAAUCAGGGCAGAUACACUUUGCACUUCCCACGUGGCCUCCCACUCACAAUCAUUGAUUAUGUCUGUCUGUCUGUCCAUCCCUCACCCACACCAGCGAGAGUCAGGUUGCCCUGUGGGGUCUUCCUGCUACUGUCUAGGGCAUUAGGGCCGCUUCUGGGCUUCUGGGGGGACGAGACCUGCUGGUCCCCAGCUCCGGUAGGGGGUCUGGAGUCAGCUCCCGGACUGGCUGCCUGGCUCAGGGACCCCUUCUCUCUGGGGAGCUUGGGCCCAGGUUCUGGGGUGACACCCCAGGUGGUGCCCUGCCUCCCAGCUGCACCCCGAGCCAUGGCAUCUCUGCUUCCUUGGCUUCCCUGGACCGUUGGCUGCUGCGUUCUCCCUCUGCCUCCGCCCCGCAGCCCUGCGUUCUGAGUCACCUGCCACUCCCUGCCAGCCCCGCACUCUGUCUUCCUGCCAGAACCGGAGACUCGGCUCAUUUCUAUAAUUAAGUGUAUUCAUUUACCUAACGAGCCCGCCAGCCGGGGUACACCCCAAGCAGGGGCCGAGCAGGGGAAGUGGGGACACAACCGUCCUGCCCCCCACCCCACCUGCUCCCUUGCAGGUGCCCUGCCCCACCUGGGGAGUGCCGAGCUGCAGGCAGUGCUGGAGUGAGGCUUCUGUCCCCCUGCCCCCCCAACCCGGGAACACCUUAGACAAGACACUUCCUGUUUCACCUGAUGGGAAUUAGACCUGACAGCGAGCCCAGCUGCGGCCAGGCCAGUGUGAGCGUCAGGUUAUGCAACUUGGUCUCACCAGUGACUCGGGAAGGUUCCAGCCUCCCUGGUCUUUCCAGGGUUGGGGAAGAAAAAGGGCUUGACAGCCCGGGGAACUCAGCAGGAGGCUGGGGACUUGGGGGAUGGGGACAACCUCUAAAGGUGACCAGGGAGAUAGAUUUUGUCACUGGGGUGGGGGUGGUGAAAGGCCAUGUCAGAAGCACCCCCACUUCUGUGCCCAGACUUGGGAGUGCCCUGGCCUGCAGAAUCUCCUCAAGGGGUCUCUGGGACCACCCCAGACCUGUUUUGUCUGUGGGCCCGCCUCCCAUUUGCCCUCAAAGCCAAGUCCCCCACCCCCCAGAGCAUUGAGACACAGGGUGUCUAGUUUAGUUCCUUCUGAGGCACUGGGGCAGGCACACAGGCCAGACUCUUCUCCCCCUCCCUGUUCACGGGCAGGCCAGCCCAGGACAGGCCCUGACAGCACCAGGACCAUGCGCCUGAGCCCCCUUUUCCUUGCCUUUCUGGUGCAGGGAGCCGAGGCGGCUAUUUCUGUGGCAACCCUCAAGUUGUCAAGAGCCCAAGUUUCCACGGCACCCACCGCCUCCUUCCUUCGCUUCCUCCCACAGGGACGGGCCUGCUCACGGCACCCCUCCGCUGGGCACAGAUGUCCCAGCGACAGGAGGCAGGAGAGCCAGGCUGGAGCCCCCGAUGCUGGGGAGACAGCUCCCCACAGCCCCUGGGCACCCAGGCUCCAGUGAGGGAGAGUUGGGGCCUCCUUAUCGGGACCCCUGAAGUGGGGGCUGUGGGUCCACUUCCUUUCUGACCCUUCCUCCGACUUGCCCAGCACCCCUGGAAGCGCAGAGAGCCCCACUAUGUGCAAGGGGGGAGGAGUCUGCCUGAGCCUCAGUUUACCCUGGGUCCCCCUUGACUUCUAGAAGCUUCCCCACAGGGCUGGGCUGCCCUGACAGCAGCUGUUCAUCUUCCCCUCCAGGACCCCUUCCCAGCACCCAGGGUAGUGCGGGCAGGACAGGCGGUAGCUGGUCAUUCUGACAGCCCGGGCCACACGGGUUGGGGUUGGGGACUGUCCUUACCUGCCUGGAGCCAGGGCUGGGAGCACCUUUGAAAGAAUUCCUGUGCCCUUACCAGAGAGAGAAUUUGCUGUCCCCCCCAAGGGCACUACUGUCCCAGCUGAGGAGACCCUCCAAGGGCUCACUGGCUCCCACUUCUGAGACCAGCACCUGCUGCCUCAGCUGGUGGCACUCUGCUGGCCGGCCUGGACCAGCGCCUUCACCAGCUCCUCAGGACUAUGGCAGGUCCAGGGCAUGCACGAGGCCCUGGGGACGGGGCUCAGACAGUCACCUUCCCUGCUCCCUCUGUGCCCGAUGGCAGAGCUGGGAUCCCUCUCCUCAGUGCCUUGGACCUCGUGGCUUUGGUGCUCUCUGGAGCCCUGCCAUCCCCACUGAGUCUCCUUGGGCCGGAGCUAAGGGGCCGGGGCGGGGCGGGGGAGCACCAGAGGGGCUACCGCCUCUUCCUGGCCGCCACUGCUGUCCAGAUCUUUGUGCUGGGUCCCCCAGGUCCCCGCACCUCUGCCUCUGCCUCAGCCCGAAGCCCAGGGGGCUGGCUGCCGCUUCCCGCUAACUUCUCACUCUUUGUCUCUCCCUCUCUCUUGCUGCAC